UUAUCUUCGUCAAUUGAGUAGGGGCAACGGAAAGAAGAGUCAAUAUGGCGUAUUGACUCCGAUACUUUUUCUACGGUCUUCCUAAACCCGGAUCUUUCUCUCGCCCUUCUCUCGCAUAUAUUUCUCUCCUAUUAAGCUGCCAUCCAUGUUUCCCUCUUUACCUCAUCUCUUUUCUUCUUACUCUUGUAACGAAUGAAGAUCAAAAUGGAAGGCCUGCCGCCUCUUCAUCUUUGCCAUUCUCAGUAUACCAGUCUAACCCCUCUAUACCCGCUGCGCUUCCUCUUUCUAGUCUUCACAAUAUCUAUAACAUGCCUCGCUUCUUCAUCUCGAGCUUGUCCACAUUUUAAAUGCGGGUACUUUCAUUUUCCAUACCCUUUCGGACAGAACAACAGCGGCUGUGGUGAUCCCACGCUUCAGCUUGAGUGCAAAGAAGAUCCAUGGGGUGAUCCUCUGGUACUAAUCAGUAUUGGUGGCUAUCAAUACUACAUACAGAAUCUCAGGGACAGCUCGUAUGAGGCUGACAAGUGGUAUGAGGAUCGCACCAUAACAAUAAUUGAGAAAAGCAUAUGGAAGACAUGCAAUCCAUCAUUGUUCGGUAAGCAUACAACAGAAAUCUUGCCUACCCCUCAAUUCCAUAAUAUCGAUGGCUACAGGAAUUUAACUUUAUGGGGACAAUGCCCUGAUACAGUUAAGGAUAAUCAUUUAGUGUCUCCAUUAACAUGUAAUGACACUUGGUACUUCAGUUACAAGGAGGAGUCGAGUUUGGAAAGUAUGUGUAAAUCGUCGGCUACAUUCGCUGGUCUGGGCUAUGAAAUUGAAGAGGGGUUCCAAGUGAAAUGAGAACACAACCAAGACUGCACGAAUUGCAUGUCUGGGGGCGGGUUUUGUAUGUAUAAUCAAACCGAUUCGAAGCAGAUUUAUUGCAAGCGGCCUAAAAACAAGCCUCCAGGCGAUAAGAUUAUUAUUCUAGGUGGGGUCAUUGGAACCGUUGCGUUGUUACUGAUGGGAACAUUAUUUCUGUUCCUUAAUCGGAAGAGGUGUUUACCCACUUAUUCUCUGAAUCCCAAUCUUUCUAACGUCGAGAAAUUCCUGCAAGAUUAUGUUCAUCAAAUGCCAUGUAGAUAUUCAUACUCUCAGUUAAUGAAGAUCACCAAUAAGUUUGCAUACAAAGUGGGGGAAGGAGGUUUUGGUGUGGUAUAUAAAGGAAAGCUACCUACUGGUGGUCUGGUGGCCGUUAAAAUGCUUGAUCAAUCAAGGCGCUGUGAGAAUCAAUUCAUGAAUGAAGUAGCAACCAUCGGAAGGAUCCAUCAUGUCCAUUUGGUUCGCCUCAUGGGAUAUUGCUAUGAAGAACACAGAAACGCAUUGGUGUAUGAGUACAUGGCUAAUGGAUCUCUAGAUGAGUUUAUAUUUGCAGGAAGAGAGAAAGAAGCAAUCCUAAAUUGGGCACAGCUGUAUUCAAUUGCAUUGGGUGCAGCUCGUGGAAUAGCCUACUUACACCAAGAUUGUGACAACCGUAUCAUUCAUUUCGACAUAAAACCACACAACAUAUUACUGGAUGAAGAGUUCACACCAAAGGUCGCUGAUUUUGGUCUGGCUAAACUCUGUGGGAAGGAAGAGGAUCAUAUAUCAAUUACAGCCGCAAGAGGAACGCCAGGAUAUGCUGCUCCAGAGGUGUGGAGUAGAAAUUUGGGAGGUGUAACGGACAAAUCAGAUGUUUACAGUUUUGGAAUGGUAUUACUGGAGAUUGUUGGAGGAAGGAAGAAUAUCGAUGUGCAGGUAAGUCGGUCUAGUCAAUUGUAUUUUCCAGAGUGGGCAUUCAAGUCGAUGGAGAAUGGGCAGUUGGAGAGGGGGUUGAGAGGAAGUGGUCAGGCAGAAAUAGAAUGUGAAGAGAAAGAGAAAGCAAUAAGACUGGCCAAAAUAGGACUAUGUUGCAUUCAGUACAACUCCAGAGAUCGACCGAGUAUGAGUAGAGUGGUUCAAAUGUUGGAAGGAAAUGGUGAUGAUGUGAGUAAUCCUCCCUUGCUUUUCAAUUCAUCAAUUAGGGCUGCACCUUCAAUACAUUCAAGUGAAGAGUCUUCAGUAUAAGUAACCAAAGGAAUCUCCUUCAAACCCAUUAUUCUGGUCGUUGGCAUUAUUGCAAGGAGUGUGAACAAAAAAGGGAUAUCACACGAUGUAAAGUAUUCGACCUGUCCGAGUAUGCUGAGUGUCGCAUUGUUCCAAUUUCAUUUUCAAUAAAAAGCAAAGUGAAUUAGGAAAAUAGAAGCAGAUUACCAAAUCAUUUU